AUGCAUCCGCAUCCCAACCCUCACUCUAACGAUGAGACCAAUAAUCCCGUGACCAAGCUCCGAAGACGCCAUCGCAAGUCCCGCAAUGGUUGCUUGGAGUGUAAGAGACGGCAUAUCAAAUGCGAUGAGAAACGUCCUGCUUGCGGUAACUGCAUUGUCAGUGAGCGAACAUGCUCUUUUCCGCCUUCCGCCGCACCAUCAGCUGCUAAUUCCUCAUCACUGGCGCGAUCUGAUCCGCCCUUGGCUUCCUCUACCUCCUUCAAUGAGCCGUUACUAAGUGUGAGCAAUAACGGCAGUCGAAUGCAGAGCCCCGUCGAUAGCGUGUCCAGUGCAGGGGCUUUACAUCGUCCCUCUCCCAUACCGCCACCAGCAUAUCUCGGAUAUAACGUCAAUGUUAACGAGCGGGCUCCUUCAACGACUCUGCCUUCUUUCACAGAGGCUUUUGCUCCCGAAUUUGCUGAGUCACCUGUAUCAUCUUCACAGACAGAAACUCUGCCUCUGCCCGUUUUCACCAACAAACAUCUCAUACUAUUGCAUCACUUCCGCAAGUCAGUAAUUAUGGAUGCAGAGAAUCUAGACACUAUUCUUGAUGUUGCUCUCGAAUGGUCUUCUCACGCUCCCUAUGCACUGGACCAACUUCUCGCCAUAUCAGCAGACCAUCUAGCUGUGCUGCAUCCUGAAAGUGCAGCUUCAUAUCGCCGGACAGCUACGGAGCUUCAAACCCGUGCUCUUUCAUAUUUCAACAAGGAUGCCCAAGAGGUGGCUAACUACGAUGCACACUAUAUCCCCCGGUUCCUCUUCUCAUCACUCCUUAGCUUGCAUAUGCUGUACGACACAUUUACUCAAUAUCGUUCUUCCCUUCAUGCCUUUAUAGAAAGGUUCUGUAAUUCGGUUCACUUACAUCGUGGUGUCAAGUCUACAACUUCAAACCGGUACAACGAUCUUCUCGAAUCUCCCUUGGCCAAGUUCUUUCUUGAGGUCAAAAACGCGGCGGAGCUCGGCGACACGGGUGACGAAUGCGCUCCGUUGAUAGAACUUAUAAAAAGCUCCGAUCUAAGCCCAGCAUCAGUUGAGGCAUGCAGCAAUGCCGCCCACACUCUACAAUGGGCUUUCAACGUCUAUCGUAACCUGCCUCAAAGCACGAAUUUGCAAGCUGCAUCAGCGUUCCCUGUCGUCUUGAGCGAAGACUAUAUAGAAACCGUUCGCAAAAACCGGCCAGAGGCCUUGCUGGUCCUAGCAUACUACGGCGUUCUUCUUCAUCGAUGCCGCCGCGUCUGGCUAGUUGGGGAUUCUGGUGCCUUUCUGGUACGCCUCAUUGCUGGCCAUCUCGGGAGUUACUGGCAAGACGCUUUGGGAUGGCCGUUGCAGGAGUUGGAGAAUGAUCAAUGA